CGGAAGCGCCCGUUCAGUCUGAACCUUAGAUAGACCUUUUGAGGAGUAGUUCGUUUACUUGCCAUGGCGACAACAAUCCACAAACGAUGACUCUGCGCGGAAACAUUUUUAUCUGUGCUCUGGGUGUUUUGUUGUGUUUGUUUGUCGGAGUUUUAUCCGGAUUUUCUUCAGUAACGAAGCAACAACAACAAACCCAGAGUCUGGACGGGAAAUGGAGUCUAUCAAACUCCAAUGGCUCACUGUUACUGCCCGCAGAGGUGCCUGGAUGUGUUCAUUCAGCUCUGCAGCAGCAGGGAUACAUCCAGGACCCGUAUUUUAGGUUCAACGACUUAUCAUAUCGGUGGAUCGCUUUUGACAACUGGACAUACACAACCACAUUUAAGGUUUCUGCCCAAGUGAGGACCAAACAGAAGGUGCUACUUGCCUUUGACGGUGUGGACACUGUUGCAUCUAUUUGGCUCAAUGGAGACAUUUUGGGCAACACGGACAACAUGUUUCGUAGAUAUGACUUCUCGGUCAGAGACUUGCUGAAGGACGGGGACAAUGUCCUCACAGUGAGAUUCCUGUCUCCAGUUCUUUAUGCGUCUGAACGGAGGAAAGCUCAUUCUGCCUACAGAGUUCCUCCCGAGUGUCCUCCAGAUGUUCAGAAGGGGGAGUGUCACGUCAAUUUCAUCAGGAAAGAGCAAAGCUCUUUCAGUUGGGACUGGGGGCCUUCGUUUCCCACCAUGGGACUGUGGAAAGGAGUUCGACUGGAAGCAUUUGAUGUCCUGCAGCUCAUCCAGGUCUCCUCUGUCCCUCUAUACAAUCUCAGCCUGGCUCAGUGGAGAGUCCAGGUUGAGCUUCUUGUUGAUGCAGUUCAGACAACAGAUGGCCAAGUCACUCUCUCCAUACCUGAGCUGGACACGGAGCAGACCUUCCAGACACAGUUUCCCUCUGGAAAGACCAAGAACACCUUCAUCUUAUACAUAAAUACGAGCAGCCAGGUGAAGCUGUGGUGGCCCAACAGACACGGUGGCCAACCUUUUUACCAGCUGACUGUCAGGGGUUUUCAGGAUGGAUUUUUAAUCCUGAAUACAAAGUCCAAGGUGUAUUUUCGCACAGUGGAACUCGUCCAGGAGCCAAUUGUUGGGUCUCCAGGCCUGAGCUUUUAUUUCCGCAUCAAUGGGAAACCAGUUUUCCUCAAAGGCUCCAACUGGAUCCCAGCCCACUCCUUCCAGGACCAGAUCUCACCUGCUGUUUUAAGGAACUUGUUGCAGUCAGCAGCGGAUGCUAACAUGAACACUCUCAGGGUCUGGGGAGGAGGAGUGUACGAACAGGAUCUUUUCUACAGUAUCUGUGAUGAGCUGGGAAUUAUGAUUUGGCAGGACUUCAUGUUUGCCUGCGCUAUGUAUCCCACUGAGGAUGACUUCAUUCAGACAGUAAGAGAAGAGGUCACCCAACAGGUUCAGCGCCUCAAGUCUCACCCAUCUAUAAUAAUUUGGAGUGGAAACAAUGAAAAUGAGGCUGCUCUGGCAACAGACUGGUUCAGUAUCCCAGCUUCCCAGAGGCCUGUAUACACUAAAGACUAUGUGACGCUGUAUGUGAACAACAUAAGGAAGAUUGUGCAAGAAGAGGACCAGAGCCGCCCGUUUCUCGUCUCCAGUCCGACCAAUGGGGCUGAAUCAGAGCAGGAGGGAUGGGUGGCAAAGAACCCCUACGAUAAUCACUACGGGGACACUCAUUUCUACAGCUACUUCCUUGACUGCUGGGACUGGCGGACUUUCCCUCGCACACGUUUCGCCUCUGAGUACGGCUUCCAGUCCUGGCCUUCCUUCUCCACUCUGCAGCCGGUUUCCGUAAAAGAGGAUUGGAACUACGACAGCAAUUUCACUUCUCAUCGUCAGCACCAUCAGGCCGGGAACCAGGAGAUGUUACUGCAGGCUGCUUUACACUUCCACCUGCCGAACUCCACAGAUCCACUGAAGAGAUUUACAGACACCCUCUACAUCACUCAGGUCAUGCAGGCUCAGUGUGUGAAGACUCAGACAGAGUUUUAUCGGCGGAGUCAGACCGAGAUUAUCGAGGGCAAAGGUCACACUAUGGGCGCCCUCUACUGGCAGCUCAAUGAUAUUUGGCAGGCGCCUUCCUGGUCAUCAAUCGAGUUUGGUGGGAAGUGGAAAAUGCUGCAUUAUUUUGCACAGAACUUCUUUGCGGCCGUCCUUCCUGUUGGGUUUGAGGAUGCAGACACGCUGUUCAUCUACGCCGUCUCAGACCUGAGUCACGACCUGAAGCUCACGGCUGUGGUGACCGUGUACUCCUGGACUGAUCAAGAUCCUGUGUGCACACGGAAGUCGGACCUGGUCCUGGUCCCCGGUGGCAGCGCUGUGGCCAUUUUCAAACAGCCAGUCCCCGCCCUGCUGGCGGGGUGUGGACGCUGCACCCGGCUCACCUGCCUGCUCACCUUCCACCUGGAGGACAGCAGCGGCCAGCAGGGUCCCACCAACCACCACUUCCUCUGCUCACCCAAAGACGCCCAGGGACUCCGGAGACCGAGCAUCACUGCCAAAGUGCAGGAGGACGAGUACGGCCUCACCGUCACCCUUCACACUGCCUCUGUGGCUCCUUUUGUGUGGCUCGACGUGGGAAACGUCCCCGGGCGCUUCAGCUCCAACGGCUUCCUGAUGGUUUCCAGAAACAUAACGGUCAGUUUUAAAGCGUGGCGUCCAACCAGCGUCGCAGAGCUCUCCAGAUCCCUCACCAUCACAUCUUUAACUGACGUAUACUGACCUGAGACCAGCUUGCUAGUAUGAAGGCAGUAGAUGGGAAAGUGGUGGCAUCCUCUGUCUGAACAGGCACAGACUCUGGAGCUAAAUGGCCAUUUAAGUGUCUUUUAAAAGAGAUAUUGUGCCUGAGGCUUGAUUCUUGUGCAGUUUUUAAGGUCUGCAGUCUGGUGCCAAUGUCAAAACUUGUUUUCUUUCCAAACAAAGCAGGAAGAAGCAGGGAAACUCUGGGACACUUUAGGUUUUUACAUUCUGCUUUCAUUCAUUCAAAGGAAUGACCAAUACCAAUCCAGUUUUAAUAAAGGUGAACAGGAUGAACUGGCCAAUACCACCUGGUUCCACACCUCUAAAUCACCCACAUCUCAGACUUCUUCUGUGAUUUAAAUGGGUGAAUUAUAAAUCAAUUGAAAUGAAAUGGUCUUAUUAUCAGUCUAGACCAACAUCAGAUAUUUAAUAAAAUUCCAGACAUUGAUCCAAACCAAAGAUGUCUUCCUGCACAUCAGUAAACGUAAUCUGGACAGAUGACUGUAAAUUGUGCACUGAAAACUAUUGUGUUUUCAGUGUGUUUUGCACAUUAUUCAGAUCUUUAACAGAGCAGAGACUCUAACACUUGACAUUAUGGAUGUGUUGUAUCACACACAGCACUCUCCAAAAAAAUUCUAUUGUUUCGUAUUUGUUUUCGGUUUCGAUCGGUUUGUAAAUAUUGUUGCUUUAAACGUGUUUUUCUGCUAAUCAGUGUUACAUGAAUCAGUGCUCAUUACGUGAAGUGUGGAGCCGAACACUUUUUACAGACACUGUAAAUUAAUGAUUUUAGAAAUAAGUAAUAAACACUGAAAACAGUAAGCCAUGCAUAUAUUUUUUACAGUACCUUCCAAUAGCUGUAUAUUAGGCAGUUAAAAUUAAAUUUCAACUUAAUGACUUUAUUAAUGGUUAAUUAUUCACCAAUGCUUUGUAGAUCAGUUAGCCAUAGGCUGAAUAAGAACAACUUUUGUGUUGCCAGGUUGUGUAAAAUCUUCUGCCAGAGCGAUGUAGCUUAUUUUUAUAGCUCUUUAAUUUAUUAGGAGACUCACAUGCAGUAAUAAUUAUCACCCAAUAACAUAACACUGAC